ACAUCGCAAGUUCUGUCGUUACUUACAUAGUUCAACGAUUUGGUGUCUCCGAAACAAUAGUUCAAACAAACAUUCGCAAACUGCAUCGUAAACUUGUGCGAGUUACAUCGUUGUUCGGGAAACGCCCCCCUGUUUAGUUCCUCCUUCUGAAAAGCACAAUGCGCUCUGAUUGGUCAGCUGGAGCAGUGUGUUGUGAUUGGUCAAGUGCUUUGAGCUUGUUUGGGAAAUAUCCCACCCCUUACCAUAACCGCCAGUUUCAACACACUACUAACUAGCCCCGCCCCUUUAUUCUGCAUAUGAAUUAUUUAAAUGAGGAAAACUGUGACGUGUUCUUUCCCGGAAGACACUCAAGACUACAAUGGAGGCAUUUCAGGGAAUUCAGAAACAGUGACACUAAUAUAGAGAAUAACACCUGCUGAAGGGACUUUGCAGAGCUUUCUCAUGCUCAAACGGCAACAUCACACACUAAAGAUGUGAAUUGCAGAAUAGGUUCAGGAUGAAGGGUGGAGGUUUGGCAGGGAGGUGCAGUCCCUGCUAGAUUCAUCAUCAUACUCCUCAUCAUCAUCAUCAUCAUCCUGCUCCACCUUUCCACCUGCAGCCCAACAUGGCCAAUCACCUGGAGCUGCUGACGGAGCUGCAGCAGUUGGAUAAGGUGCCCAGUCUGGAGCGCCUCCGAGCCGCUCAGAAACGCCGCACUCAGCAGCUCAAGCGAUGGGCCGUCUACGAGAAAGAAAUGCAGAACAAGAAGCGAAAGGCUGACAAACGCCGCGGCCACGGGAACCUGUUGGAAAACCGUAAAAGGGUUUCGUUUGCGGCGAGCGUCGCUUUGUUGGAGGCCUCUUCGAGGAACGAUCCGAGUGAAGUGCGAUAUCUACUGAAGAACAAUGUGAGUCCUGAUCUGUGCAAUGAAGACGGUCUGACGGCCCUACACCAGUGUUGCAUUGAUAACUAUGAGGAUAUGGUGCGGAUCCUGUUGGCUCACGGAGCGACGGUCAACGCUCAGGACAAUGAGCUCUGGACGCCGCUUCAUGCUGCAGCGACCUGCGGACACACGGGCCUCGUCAAGAUCCUCAUCCAGCACGGCGCUGACCUCUUAGCAGUGAACUCCGACGGUAACAUGCCCUAUGACCUCUGUGAGGACGACCCCACGCUCGACAUCAUCGAGACCGCCAUGGCCAACCGAGGCAUCACACAGGAGAUGAUCAAUGAGACGAGAGCAGCGGUGGAGAGGAGGAUGCUGGGAGAUAUCCAGAAACUCCUGCAGGAUGGAGCCGACGUCAACCACCACGACUCCCAGGGAGCCACGCUGCUGCACGUUGCCGCGGCGAACGGUUACGCUCAGGCCGCAGAGAUGCUGUUAGAGGGCGGAGCCAGAACUGACAUGAGGGAUUCUGACGGCUGGACGCCGUUACACGCCGCUGCAUGCUGGGGACAGGUCCAUGUGGCGGAGCUGCUGGUUUCUCACGGUGCCAAUCUAAACGCCAAGACGUACAUGGAGGAGACGCCCAUAGAUCUGUGUGAGGAUGAGGAGUUCAGGAAUCAUCUGCUGGAGUUGAAGCACAAGCAUGACAUCAUCAUGAAGUCACAGCUGAAGCACAAGACGUCACUGUGCCGCCGAACCAGCAGCGCCGGCAGCCGCGGGAAAGUGGUGCGGAGGGCGAGUCUGUCCGACAGACACAAUCUCUGCAGGAAGGAGUAUCAAACCGAAGCCAUCGUUUGGAGAGGAGGAAGAGAGGAAGAGGAGCGGGAGCGAGAGUCGGACCAGGAAAACAGCCAGUCGACGCAGCCUGAUGACGGCCCUCAGGGGAUCCUGAAGGAUGGCGGACGACAGAACGGCUGCAUCUCCGCUCCAGCGGCGCCCGCUUCUAACGGUGACCCCGCGACCCCUGACCCUCACGAGCCCGCGGCCUCCGCUGAGGAGUCCAAGCCUAAGACGUUGUCCGAACUCAAAAAGCAGCGCGCCGCCGCCAAGCUCCUCCCUCAUCCCGUCCUCAACGGUCACAUGGGCAACGGCUCCACCAAAGCCAAUCCCGAGGAUCCUCGAAUGCCGCUGGUGUCGUCCAACGGCAGCGCGGUUUACUUCACGCCGGCCAGCGGAGACCCGCCCCUCCUGAGAUUCAAGCAGCCAAUCGAAGACGAGGAUCCUAAGAGUCACGGCUGCUGCUGCGUCUCGUAGAUCCGUCCGAUCCCAAGCGUCCGAUGGAGGGCUGAUUUAAGCGGUAGCAGUGCAGUUCAUCCCCAGACUUGUUGCUCUGCAGGUUUUCCGAUUUCGUUCCCAUUCAGGAAGAGGUGAACGUGAUCCUGAUGCUCCCUAUGAGGAUUUAUGGGUCGUUAUUUAUUCCGUAUUCACUUCAUUCGGUGUCUGUCCAGCUCGAUUAUGGGUGCCAAAGUCUUCCGGCACUCCCGUAGCCCCUCCCACUCCAUUCAGAGUGCGUCUGAUUGGCCGAUGGAGGUCAAAUCAAAGCAGUAGCAGCCGUGCAAUUCAUCCCCAGACUUUCGCUCCGAUUUCGUGAAGACGCGGAGUUUCCGAUGAACCCUCUCUGAACCCUGCGCAGGAAUGGGAACCUCUGAAACGAGGAAGGAAAUGAUCUCAUUCAGGCUUCCCAGGUUAGAUGUGUGGAUUUUGCUUCUCUUUUUCACUUCCAGCCUCCGAUCGGAGCGUUUAUUCCACCUGCUUUCACAUUCAUGCUGUUGUACAGACGAAUAAACCUUCCCAGUGUCCCUGUGAGCGGCAGCGGCCCACCGCUCUCCUGUACAGUAUUUAUUUGUAUAUGUGCAUAGAGCCACAGUUCUAUAAGAUUAUUUAUUGUAUUGCAGAGAGAUGAAGUGACUUACGGAGCACAGAUGAGUCGAGACGCGGCCUGUAUUUAGUAUUUUUGUAUGACCAGAUGAAGUAUUUGAACGUCUAACUCACAUUUCACACUAUAAAAUCAAAGGAACGGCCUAUUUUGUUGAUUAUUUGAAUGCAUUUUAACCCCAAAUGCAAUUCCAAUUCAAAUAAUGUAUCAAAUUUGUGCUCAAAAUGAUGCAACAAAUUGUCUUUCUUUUGAAGUGAAAUAUGACACAGACGAGUUUGAGCGUUCGAUGAAGAAAAGUGCCCUUCGUAUCCUGCACAUGAUGCUCACUAUGAAGGGUCCGGAGCGAUGGGAGGGUUAUUAUUUAUUUCGUAUGUUGGGUGCCAAAGUCUUCCGGAAAGAUGGACCAAUGAGGUUCCAGCGCCACUCUUGUAGCCCCUCCCGCUCCUCAACACUCGCCCCAUUCGUGCGUCAGAGGAGGGCAAGAAUGUAAAUAAUCCCUGGAAUGCGUUUCCUUCAGACGAUGGAAAUGAUGUUCGGGGGCCAAAAUCACUGACGGAUUAUAAAGGGCCACAAAAGUAUUGUGUUCUGCUUCCACGUCACGAUAAAGGGAAAAGAGCAUCACAACUACUGAUUUUAUAAUUACUGGAAUACACUGAUCACUGUAUUAACAUAUUUGCAAUAAAUUGUAUAUUUUGUUCAGUUUCUAAAA